CCGUGUGUGCGUGCAUGUGGCCGUGUGCUGUGUGUGUAUGUGCGCGUGUGAAGAAACAGUUCGAUGAAAAAUUGUCAAGAAGCGAGAGAGGAAAAAGAAAAGCUAAUCACGCACGUCAGAGGCAGAGCAACCUCCGGGCAACGUACGAGAAUUGUGCAAUUUGGUGAAAGAAGAAACUGCAGUGCAGUGCAGAGGUACACCCAGCCAUCCUGUCUACCCAUAGAAAAGAAAAAGAAGUGUAUAAAGUGAAAAGCUUUCAGUGGCAUCAAUUCCAUUCUGUGCUGUGAUAGGAAAUAGUUCGUUGCGUGGAAUCGUCUCAAUCGUCCCCCAUCGGUGACCCGUGAGAAACGACGUAAAAAGGCAGAAAAUACAUUGUGCAUGCUAUAGCAAACCUGUACGGGGGAUACACCCAUACAAAGCUACGCGCAUACACAAUCUAAGGUUAAUCCUUGUGCAUCUCAACGGGCGUUAGUUGAAGGGCGAGAAAAGAAGGCAGAAGUUCAACGAGUGUGGCCUAACAGAGCACACACACACAUACUGCAUACCUUGCGUUCCAAUACACACCAUACUCAAAAGCGAGCCAGCCGAAGUACAAAAAGGAAUCCCAGAGGCCGAUUUUCCAGACAGCAGUGUGCCCCUUCCGACGAAACCAGCGGGGACGAUGGCGCAACAGAACAACUACCCUGCGAUGCGUCUACCGAGAAACGUCGUCCAGCUGUCGGUGGAUGCGAAAGAGUUCGUACCGUUGAUUAAGCAGCAGCCGCUACCGCAGCAACAACAUCCUCCUUACCACCACCAGCACCAGGGCGGCGGCGGCGGAGGCGGUGGCUAUCCCCAGCCGCAGAUGGCGAUGCAUCAACCGUCCCAGGUGCACCAGCGGUUCGCGAUGGCGCAGGGUGGCGUCGAACCGGGCGGUGGCGGUGACGGUGGCGGCGGCUACGACUACGGUGCGAUGGCGCACCAUCAGCAGCUGCCCGGCAACAGCAACGGCGGGGGCAUGAUGAUGGCGAACGGGUCCGACGUGUCGGCCGUGCAGAACCGGUUAAGCAAUAUGCAGAUCGUGGACGGUGGUGGUGAUAAUGGAAAGGAGAUCUCGUACCGACAGACGGAAGCGCUGGACUAUCUGACCGAGGUGAUUGCCGAGCUGUUCGACAAUCCGGGCAUCUUCGACGAGGUGAAGAAGAAGCUGCCAAACAGGCUGGGCGAUCUGUACCAGGAUCAUUACGUGCUGAGCACCACGAUUGAGACGAUCUUCGAUCAGUCGAUCCGGGAAUCGAACUUCCGCUACAUGGGUGCCCGCCUCUGUCAGCUGCUGGACAGCAUCAACAAGGCGCCCAAUCUGAUGCUGCGCGAGCUGCUGCAGCUCAAGAUGGACCACCAGAACAGCGAGCUGCCGGAGUUUAUGAAGCAGGAGCAGGUGAAGGUGCGCGGCGCGACUCUCUUCCUAGCCGAGCUGUACAUGCAGCUGAGACAGCCGGAGGAACCAUUCGGCAAGACAAUUUCGGAGUACAUCGUGAGUGCGAUCGAGAUACUGGUGGCCAAGAAGGGUCCGGAAAAUCUCAAAUGUGUCUGCCAAUGCUUAAAGCUGUGCGGUUUCGAGCUCGACCAAGACUGCCCGGACAAGGUGGACCAGAUCAUGAAGAAUCUGGACCAGGCGCGCAGUUCCGUCCCGUCGGCGGCGGAGAAGAUCAUCGGCUCGGUGAUCGAGCUGCGCAAGAUUGCGUGGGGCCGCAGCGAGGAGAUCUCGACGCCGUCGGCGGCCCUGCCCCCGAUGCCGGUCAGUGUUGGCGCGAUGGGGCCCGGCGGUCCGAUCGGUGCCGGCGAGUACCAGAACAAUCCCGUCUUUUACGGCCCGGACGGCCAGGUGCUGACCGAGGAGGAAAGCUCAUUUCUCGAAACGAACGUCAAGAACAAGGCACAGGCGCAGCAAGCUUUCAGUGGCUACGACGAUGACGAUGAGUACGGUCUGGUCGAUCCGGAUGACGAUCCGGAGGUGCAGCAAGCCUUCGUGGAGUUCCUUCAGAGCAAUCCUCAAAAUCGGCAGCCGCAACACCCGUACCGGCCGGACGUAUAAAAGAUGAUAGGUGGGAGAGUGUCGCAGUUGGAACGUUUCCUGUUUUUUCCUGCUUUUUUUUUAAACAUAAAAGAAGCAGCAACAAGAAAAUCGCUUUGAAGGAAGGAGUGGGCAGGAGGAGGAGAAGGAGGAAGUGCGUUAAGUCGGAAGUAAAGUUAAGAAUACAAAAAAAGGCAAAAGCAGUCAUAGAAAGAGAGUGUUAAACAAUAUCCAGCUACAGAGAAACACCUCUUGAUGAAAAAAAAAACCAGACACACACUACUUAUACAUUCAAAUUGUCGAUAGAAUAGAAAGAAUAAUUUCAAACAAACAAACAAAAAAAGAAGAAUAGAUACAACAUUUAGUAACCGCGCACGAAUCAGAACCGUGACGGGAAAGAAGUUAAGAAGAAAGAGUGAACAGCAACAACAAAAAACGCUCCAGAGGACAUUAGCAAUAGAGAAGAAUCCCCGACAGACCCCCGCAGACAGACAUAUAGAGCGCAUAAUAACGCAAAAAAAGAAAAAAGGGAAGCCAACAAGAAAAGGAAGGAUAAUUAGUCAUGAAACAAUGGGGACAAGGCACAAAGGAGAGCGUGCGUGCGCAGCUUAGUAGCGCGCAGCCAAAGGAAAAGUCGCCAGGUGCAUUUUAAACUGUUUUCCAAACCCCCCCUCUCUCCAUGGUGGUAUUUAUAAUGUUUUUUUCCGUGCCACGUUCGUUUCGCGCUCUUGCGUGUGUGCGUGU